AAUAAGCAAAGGAUCUGUGUGUGGGAAUCCCAGAGUGAAGAUCAGUCACAUCAGAUCUGCGGUGUCAUUUCAGCAGAGGAGAUGGUUGUCUGUUUAAUUUCUGAGAAGAGGUUACAGACUCCAGUAAGGCAGUGAGAUUUACACCCCUAAAUGAUUGAUCAUAGCCAGAAAAGAUAGCUCUCCAACUGAAGCAAGGAGAAAUCAAACAUGUUGGGUGGGGAAAGAUUUUGAUGAAUCAACCUGGUAGGGAAUAUUGUAAAUGAUCUUCAAGUAUCUCAAGGACUGAUCAACUAUUUUCCUGAUCAAAGUAAGAUAUCACUUGUCAUUCCCUGGAAAAGGGACAGUUUCCCUAUAGCAACUGGAAAUUUUGCAUCCGUUUUGUGGAUGAAAUGAAAUUCUCUGUUUAAAUGUCCCGUUGAAACUCUUUGUUUUGAACAUUGACCUGGCAAUCUGAAGACGCACCAGCACAUCUCCACUGGAGAUACGAUAUUCGACUGCUCCAAGCGUGGGAAGGAUUCACCAUGUCAUCUGAUAUGGUAACAAUUCAGCAAGUUCACACUGAGAAAAGGCCGAUUACCUGCUCUGAGUGCGGGAAGGGGUUUACUCAUUCAUCCAAACUGAAGAGACACCAGCAGGUUCACACCAAGGAGAGGCCAUUCACUUGCCCAGAAUGUGGGCAGGGAUUCGCACAUUCAUCUGAGCUGCUGAUUCACCAGCGAAUUCACAUGGGGGGGAGCGUAUUCACCUGCUCUGAGUGUGGGAAGGGGUUCACUUACUUAUCUAAGUUGAAGAGACACCAGCAGGUUCACACCAAGGACAGGCCGUACACUUGCUUAAAAUGUGGGAAGGGAUUCAUUCAGUCAUCCAACCUACUGGCACACCAGAGAGUUCACAGUGGGGAGAAGCCUCUCACCUGUUCUGAGUGCGGGAAGGGCUUCACUUAUUCAUCCAAGCUGAUGAGGCACCAGCAAAUUCACACCAAGGACAGGCCGUUCACCUGCUUAGAGUGUGGCAAGGGAUUUAUUUGGUCAUCUGAGCUGCUAAACCACCAGAGAGUUCACAGUGGGGAGAAGCCUUUCACCUGCUCCGAGUGCGGGAAGGGCUUCAAUUACUCAUUCAAGUUGGUGAGGCACCAGCAAGUUCACACCAAGCAGAGGCUGUUCACUUGCUUAGAGUGUGGUAAGGGAUUUAUUCGGUCAUCUGACCUCCUGCUACACCAGCGAGUUCACACUGGGGAGAAGCCAUUCACUUGCUCCGAGUGUGGGAAGGGAUUCACCCGGUCAUACAGCCUGACAAGACACCAGCAAGUUCACAAUGGGGAGCGGCCUUUCGUUUGCUUUGAGUGUGGGAAAGGAUUCACGGAGUCCUCUCAAUUGCUGGUGCACCAGGUGUCUCACACUGGAGAGAGGGCCUUCACCUGCUUGGAAUGUGGGAAGAGGUUCAUUCACUCGUCCCACUUGCUGACACAUCGGCGGAUUCACACCGGGGAGAGGCCGUUCACCUGCUCAGUGUGUGGGAAGGGGUUCACAUGGUCGUCACACCUGCAGAUACACCAGCGAGUUCACACUGGGGAGAGACCAUUCACUUGUCUGGAGUGUGGGAAGGGAUUCAUCCACUCAUCCCAUCUGCUGACCCACCAGAGAGUUCACACUGGAGAGCGGCCUUACACCUGUGCUGAGUGUGGGAAGGGAUUCACACAGUCCUCAUACCUAGUCAAUCAUCAGCGUGUUCACACUGGAGAGAGGCCGUUUACUUGCUCCGAGUGUGGGAAGGGGUUUAAGCAACUAUCCAAUUUGCUGACACAUCGGAUAGUUCACACUGGGGAGAAGCUGUUCGCCUGCUCUGAGUGUGGGAAGGAGUUCACUCGAUCGGCCCACCUUGUGACACACCAGCGAGUUCACACUGGGGAGAGACCAUUUACCUGUUCAGACUGUGGGAAGAGAUUCAUUCAGUCAUCCCACCUGCUGAAACAUCAGCGAGUUCAUCUGGGGAAAAAGCUUACUUCGCAGGUUGAAAUCUCGGACUCCCGAGUGUCCUCCCCCUCUUUACUGACGGUUGGUCCCGGUCACCAGUUAUCUGCGGUGCUGGGAAUCAGUGAGUUUUUGGACCGGUACAGUGAUCUACAGCUGUUCGGCCGUGUGAUGCAGCACGGCCGACUGAGUCUGUCCAGCAAAGCCGAUGGUCAAGGCAAGAGAAUUGGAGUUCACAGGAUCACAGCAAUGAAUGGAAUUUCAAACCAAACAACACAUGAAGAUUCUGAGUGUGAACAAGGCUUCAGCCAGGCAUCCGGACAGUUGAGACGCCGGACUAUUCACACCAGGGAGAAACGGUGGAUAUGUGGGGACUGCGGGAAGGGAUUCGUUUACCCGUCCCUUCUGGAAAUUCAUCGCCGCAGUCACACUGGGGACAGGCCGUUCAUCUGCCUCGUGUGUGGGAAAGGAUUUCAUGAUCCCUCCAAUUUGAGGAACCAUCAACGUGUUCACACUGGGGAGAGGCCGUACAUCUGCCCAGCAUGUGGGAAAGGAUUCUCUCAGUCAACCAGCCUGAGGAACCACAAGCGAGUCCACACUGGGGAGAGGCCGUUUUUCUGCUCUGUGUGUGGGAAGGGAUUCAGCCAGUCCUCGAGCCUGAAGGAUCACAUGCGUGUGCACACUGGGGAGAGGCCGUUCAUCUGCCCAACCUGUGGGAAAGGAUUCUCCCACUUAUCCACACUGAGGAAGCACAAUCAAGUUCACUCUGGGGAGAGGCCGUGUGUCUGCUCUGUGUGCGGAGAGGCAUUGACUGAGCCCUGCGCUUCCUGGGUCUCAGCAUUGAAUGGAAUUUCAAACCAAACAAUAUGUCAAGAUUGUUUGUGUGGACGAGUCUUCAGCCAAGCAUCUGGACAGUUGAGACGGCGAAGCAGGCACACCACAGAGAAACGGUGGAUAUGUGGGGACUGCGGGAAGGGAUUCGUUUACCCGUCCCUUCUGGAAAUUCAUCACCGCAGUCACACUGGGGACAGGCCGUUCAUCUGCCUCGUGUGUGGGAAAGGAUUCCAUGAUUCCUCCAAUUUAAGGAACCACCAGCGUGUUCACACUGGGGAGAGGCCGUACAUCUGCCCAGCGUGUGGAAAAGGGUUCUCUCAGUCAACCAGCCUGAGGAACCACAAGCGAGUCCACACUGGGGAGAGGCCGUUUUUCUGCUCUGUGUGUGGGAAGGGAUUCAGCCAGUCCUCGAGCCUGAAGAUUCACAAGCGAGUCCAUACUGGGGAGAAGCCGUUUGUCUGCUCUGUGUGUGGGAAGGGAUUCAGUCAGUCAUCAACCCUGAAGAUUCACAAGCGGGUCCAUACCAGAGAGAGGCCGUUUUUCUGCUCUGUGUGUGGGAAGGGAUUCAGUGAAUCGUCAAGCCUGAAGGAACACAUGCGUGUCCACAUUGGGGGAGGCAGUUCAUCUGCCCAACGUGCAGGAAGGGAUUCUCCCAUUCACCCACCUUGAGGAAGCACGGCUGAGUUCACACUGGGGAGAGGCCGUUUGUCUGAUCUGUGUGGAGAGGGAGUGACUGAGUCCUGGGCUGCCUGGUAGAGACAAUUUCAGCACAGAAGGAACAUUUUAAAAGUUUAAACAUCCAGUGGAUUGCAUCGUUGCCAGUGGUCACCCUGAUUUUGGUUAUUACUCACUAUAUUAUUCAGACACUGCCACAGUCGUCUGGCAUCUGCUGUUGGAAUUGACUCUCUAGUUUGCUCUGGUAUUCUCACUCAGCAUCCCUGAUAGCUUUCCACAGAUUAUACUUGGCUCUCUUGUGCAGUGCGAGGUCAUCGCCCCUGAAAGUGAACCAUUUGGGCUUUAUCAUGUUUGCAAAUACUGAUUUUUUCCAAAUUUCACAACCUGCCUGCCUUCCUCUUUUUUUAAAUCUCCUCUCUUCUUCACAAUUAAUUUUGCAGUGUUUCAGCAAUGAAAGGAAUUUCAAAGCAAACAACAUGGCACGUUCACACUCUCACCACCUUUGGUUCUUUAUCCUGAUGUUUAUAGGCUCAGUCCCCAGAACAUCAAAUACCUCCCCUAGUGAUACAUUAUGUAAGACAGAACUGGGCACUUAAGCUCAACUCAUCCACGUUACCUCCCUUAGACAGUCUCAUUUAGCUUCAUUUGGCUCAAAUCCCUGUACCUGUUCAACUAUUGGAAUUGUACCCACCUCUACCAUUUCAUCUGGCAGCUUCUGCCACAUACCUCCUACCUUCUGGUUACAGAAUGUAGCUCAAGUCCUUUUAAAACUCUCCCCUCUUAUCCUUGAGUCUAUUCUGUCCAGUUGUAGCCUCCCCUACACUGGGGAAAGGACUGAUCAUUCAUCUUAUCUACUUCCAUCACAAACUAAUGCACCUCUGUAUGGUCACCCCUCAGCUGAUAUCCCAGGGAAAGAACCACAGGCUAUUCAGCAUCUCCUUAUAACUCAUGCCCUGCAGUUCCCGUAGCAUCACUAAUAAUUGUACAUUUUAUUGGUUUUCAUUUAAGUGCACUGUUUACCAUUGUGAUCAGACAAUUCCCACUGAGGUUGUAUCAGUCAGAACCAGCAGAGAUAGAUCCCACAGACAGUAUCGAGAUGACUGGUCAGAGCUUCAGGUUUUGCUGCUGGUGUUGCAGUUGUUGAAAUGUUGGUGCCAGGUCCUUGUAGGUGGAGUUUGUGGGGAGACUGAGGUCUCCUGUGAUGGGACUUGAGUUGGUCAAACCGUUCCCAGAGGGACCACAUCCGGUGAUCUCUCUUGGCUCACUGACACCAGUUGUAACUGUACCUGUAAUAAAAUGGUGAAACAUGAACAAUCCCGAGGUAAGUUUUACUAUCUUUGUGAUAGGAACAAUAACAGGAGAGAUUCUGCAGACGCUGGGAAUUUGAACAACACACAGAAUACUCGAAGGCCUCAGCAACUCGGGCAGUGGACGGUACAUUAGCAUAGCAGUCAGCCACGACCCUUUACAGCACCAGUGAUCUUUAGAUUAGGAUUCAAUUCCUGCCAUUGAUUGUUCUUCCUCCCCAUAACUAUGUGGGUUUCCUUUUGGUGCUGUGGUUUCCUCCCACAUUCCAAAGGCAUAUGGGCUAGGGUUGGUAGGUUGUGGGCAUGCUCUGGUAGUGCCAGAAACAAGGUGACUCUUGCACAUCCUCAGACUGUGUUGGUUGUUGACAGUAAUAAUACUGCAUUUUAUUGUACAUUUUGAUGUUCAGGUGACGAAGCUAAUCUUUUAUCUCAUCUGUGGAGGGGGAAACAAUCGAUGUUUUGGUCUGAGACCCUGCAUUGGAAGGGAACAGAAGCCUGAAUAAGCUGGAGGAGAAAGAGUACAAGAUGGCAGGUGAUCUCUGAAGACAGACUCUUCAUUGACCUACAAACUGACUGUCACUUAUAAAUGUAAUUCCUUUCUCUCAGUCCCCCAGUCUCUGCCUUAUCUGUUCUCAGGACAAGAAUUUCCAUUUUGAAAAAUCUGAGAUGUUCUUUUUUUCAAAGAACGGGGGUUCUCCUCCACCACAAUUGGUCUAUCCUUGCCAGCAUCUCCUUCAUUUCCUGCACAUUGGCCCUCACCCCAUCUUUCCAUCAACCUAACAAGUUUAGUGGACUCCUUGUCCUUACCUACCAUCCCAUGUGCCUCUGCGUCCAGCACAUUCUCCUCAACUUGUGCCAUCUCCAAUGAGAUCCUACCAUAAAGCACAUCUUUCCUUCCACACUCUUUUCCGCAUUCUGUAGGAAUUGUGCUCUACAUCACUCCCUUGUCAACUCCUCCCUCCCGACUGAUCUCUUUCUGACACUUGCCCUUCAAGAGAGUCAAGUGGUACUCCUGCCUGUUCACCUUCUCUCUCACCACCAUUCAGAGUCUCAAGCAGUCUUUCAGGGUGAGAAUGCACUUCACCUGCAAGUUUGUCAGGGUCAUCUAUUGUAUAUGGUGUGGCAUCCUCUGCAUUGGUGAGACCCAGCGUAGGCUCUUUGUGGACUUCAGUUCAAAACACUGUUUGCUUGCGGUUAUUGUUUGCAUGAUUUGUUUUUUUUCUCUCUGCACAUUGGGUGUUUGACAGUCUUUGUUUUAAUGGGUUCUUUGGGGUUUCUUUGUUUUGUGGCUGUCUGUAAGGAGACAAAUGUCAAGGUUGUAUAAUGUAUACAUACUUUGAUAAUAAACGUACUUUAAACCUUGAUUUUCUUGAGAACCUUUGCUCCAUCCACUGCAA